AUGGCAUGGGCGCUCCUCUUCGCUCGACUCGUCCCCUCCUCGCACCGGCUCACAAGGACGUCCCUGUGCUUCCUUUCGAUCUUCUUCACGUACGCGUGCUAUUGCGUCUUGUUUCCCGCGGAGAGCUUCAUGCAGAAGUCGGCUGAACCCACUCCGGGCUGUGUGCGCCACCAGCACAAGAGACCAAGGAACGUGGAAGCGCAUCCAGUGCGUCUCCAUACGGCCACACGGGACACUCCUAGUCCUCCUCUGAGUAGUAUGAAGUUUGGGAACAAAAAGUUACCCAAAGCGAUCAUCGUGGGGGUGAAGAAAGGAGGGACCAGAGCGGUGCUGGAGUUUAUCAGGAUUCACCCGGACGUGCGCGCAGCCGGGACGGAGACGCACUUCUUUGACAGGAACUAUGAUAGAGGACUCGAGUGGUACAGGAGUCUGAUGCCACGCACACUGGACUCUCAGAUCACCAUGGAGAAGACGCCCAGUUACUUUGUGACCAAAGACACUCCUCAGAGGAUCUGCACCAUGUCCCGGGACACGCGACUCAUCGUGGUGGUGAGGGACCCAGUCACUCGUGCAAUAUCGGACUACACACAGACUUUGAGCAAAACACCAGACCUGCCCAGCUUCCAGGAGCUGGCCUUUAGGAAUCAGACCCUGGGAAUUGUGAACACUUCUUGGAACGCCAUCCGCAUCGGCCUGUAUGCGCUGCACCUGGACAACUGGCUGCGCUUCUUCCCUCUGGCUCAGAUCCAUUUUGUGAGCGGAGAGCGUCUUAUCACAGACCCAGCAGGAGAACUGGCUCGGGUACAGGACUUCCUGGGUCUGAAGCGUAUUGUGACUGACAAACACUUUUACUUUAAUCGCACCAAAGGCUUCCCCUGCCUGAAGAAGCCAGAGAGCAGCGGCUCCCCACGCUGCCUGGGCAAGUCUAAGGGCCGAACACACGUCCAGAUCGACAGGGACGCCAUCGAGCAGCUACGAGACUUCUACAGACCCUAUAACAUACGCUUUUAUGAAAUGGUGGGCCACGACUUUAAGUGGGAGUAG